AUGGAUAGAGAAAAGGAAUCAUUAUGUUCAAGCUCCAAAAUGUUCGGAUUUGCUAUAUUAGCAGCACUUAUGGGUCUUGCGUCUGCGCAGCGCAACGCAAUCGUCUCUCUAUCUGACCCUGCCGGAGUAAACGGAGUGUACGGUAACCUCAGUUUUGAAAGUGGUGUAGCAUCCGUGCGAAUAAUCGGGGAAGUAAGCGGCCUAUCACCGGGCAAUCAUGGUUUGCACAUCCACCAAUAUGGCAACAUUGGAUCAGGAUGCCUGGCAACUGGAGGACAUUUCAACCCAUUCGGUAUGAAUCACGGAGCUCCGUACGACGUGGAUCGUCACGUCGGUGACCUUGGCAACAUCGAGGCCGACGAAUACGGCAUCGCGCGUGUUGACAUCGAAGACUGCGUCAUCGGUCUACUGGGCGUUGACGCCAUCAUGGGCAGGGGAGUGGUGGUACACGCGGGGGAAGAUGACCUUGGCAGAGGAGGACAAUCCGACUCGCUGACCACGGGACACGCAGGAGCGCGAUUGGCUUGCGGAGUUAUCGGAGUCCUUACAGAACAGUAG